AUGCAAUCGGCAACGGAAAAGGGAAAAUCAAUAUUUGAAUUUACCGCCACCGAUCUGAACGGUAACGAGGUUUCGCUCGACCGCUACCAGGGAUCAGUGUGCCUGAUCGUGAACUUCUCCACCAAGGAUGCUGCCUUCGAGAAGGUGUUGGGUCUUCUCACGCCACUGGUUCGAAAGUAUCACACCGAAACUCGAAAAGAUUUGAACGUCCUCUUCUUCCCAUGCUUCCAAUUCGGCUCCAAAGAAACACCGGACGAAAUCGUGCAGCGGUUCGAGAGCAGCAGCGGCGGCAUGAUUGGUGAGAUUUUCACCGAGAUUGAGGUGAAUGGCUCGAAAGCCCCCGGACUGUACAAGUAUCUGAAGGCGAAAAAACCGGGCAACUGUGGCGGAUUUAUAAACAGCAACUUUACCAUCUUUCUUACCGAUCGUCAUGGCGUACCGGUGGAAAGGUUGAACGCUGGAAUUCAUCCUUACACGCUCGAGGACAUGGUCGAGAAUUUGUUGCGAUAA